AGACGGUGGAGUGCUACACUAAAAAUAACAGUAAUAUCUGCUGUCCUGAUGGUUGACAUGAUGGUCUUGCAGUUUCCCUAUCAACGAUUCAGGAUCCGGGAUCAGGAUGCUCCGAAGCCGACGUUCAAACUUAGCUUUGGUCCACCCAUCAAUUCCUGCGUCCUGGACGGGCCUGCUCACAUCAGCCAGGCGACGUACCCGAAAUACACGCAGGUUGUCGUCCUAAACAGAGACCGCGUGUAUCACCAAGGAGACGUUCUUACCGUGAUGGUGGUGGCAAGAGACAGAAACCGAAGGAAAAAGACGUACGGGGGAGAUUUUUUCCGUGCCAGACUGGUCAGUAGUGACCGAUCGUCGCAGGCCAGUAGCGCCGGUCACGUCACUGACUACUGUAACGGCAUCUACACCGUGCAGUUCUCGCUCUAUUGGGCCGGCAACGUUUCAGUGAGUACAGAAGGAAUUUGUUUGCAACAAAGUCAGGCUGUUUGGUACAAGCCACAGCAUUUUGAUACAUAUUUACAAUGUUUUUCCAGCUUACAGUUUCUGCAUUUCUUGUUGUUGUCCGUUUAUUUGAUUAUGUUUUUCGAUUCUGCUUGUACAGAUUUCUUUUGCACAACAAUAUCUUCUUCUAAUAAAACCCUACAACGAAAUGUGCUCGUUCUGCCAGCGAUGUGGCUUUUUAUACAUAACUUCUACUCCUUCACACCUGUUGUUCUAUAUCAGAUAAAGAUUCAGCUGGUCCACCCAAGCGAGGGAGUGAAGGUUCUACAGAGAGUUCGAGAAGUUCCAAACAAGAGAGUCUUCCACUGCACUUUCGUCAAUGCAAAGUCACAUCAUAAAAGGCAAUGUUUCAGUUCUCCCACCCCCAGAUUGUCGCCGCAACGGCAGUGCGACUUCUCAAAGCCAGAAGUGAACGGGACCUGGAUCUGUCAGAAACCGGACAAACUUCCGUGUUCCGCCAUAUCAAGGUGUCGGUGGGACUCGGGCAAGAGCUGGGCGAAGGCCCUGAGACUGGCAUCUAAAGAAGAGAAGAAACUUUUGCAAAAGCCAUAUCUUGAGAUGGAACUUGAAUUAGACCCUAAGGAGCCCAUACAUGUUCUUGAAGCAGAACUUCCCACACCUCAACACCUUCCAGCGUGUACCUGGGACAAGUCUGCAGCUUUGGGACAUUGGUCAGGCAAGGUGUGGAAGUCAUCCGUCUGCAAUGUCCGAGUGUUCGGUAAGGAAGACAUCCGGCGGUGCCUGGCUAACAAGACCGUGUACUUUCAAGGUGACUCCACUAUCAGACAAUGGAGCCAGCGACUGCAGAAGGUAGUGCCGUUGAAGUACGACAGCAGUACCAUGGAUUUUACAGCUCUUUACGGAGGAGACAACAGCCAAUGGAACAUUUCUGUUCGCUUUCAAUUUCAACACUUCCCUCUACAAGGAAGCGCUUGGCCUAUCUUUAGUACCCGCCCUUACAUUGCUGAAACGCUGGACGCCGAACCAGGAGGACCAAACACGGUAAUAGUCGUGAGUCUGUGGGCUCACUUUACGGCAGAGCCGCUGGAAAUGAUCCGGUCAAAACUAUACGCCGUACGGGGCGCCAUACACCGUCUCAAGCGCAGGGCUCCCGGCACGCGGGUUUUCGUGAGAACUGGAACAACGCGAAAUCACGACGGAGGAAAGAUCGCAUUCUACCUGCUCGGAAGCGACUGGCUGGCUUACCAGAUCACGGAGGUGAUACGAGAGAUGUUCCGGGCGGAUCCAGACGUGGUCGUGUUGGACACGUGGGACAUGAGCGUGUGUCAGCCGGGAAAAGACAACAUGCACCCAGACCAAACCAUGGUGGACAGUCAACUAAACACGCUGUUUUCUCAUAUCUGCCCAAAGUAGCCGGGUUCAGAGGCAGAAAAAAAAACAUUGUUUUGUCAACCAAUCAAAGAUGGCAGACUUAACCCCCUUCGUAUUAUGCUACAAUAAUAAUAAAAUAAAAAUGCUUCUAAACCACAGGAAUACA